CAGAGCACGCCACGCCAACGCCAUGCUCAGCGCCCAAGAGCGCGCCCACGUAACACAGGUCUGGGACCUGAUCGCCGGCCACGAGGCACCCUUCGGGGCGGAGCUUCUGCUCAGGCUCUUCACAGUGUACCCCAGCACCAAGACCUACUUUAAGCACUUGGGCGACCCCCUUGACGAGGUGCAGCUGCUGAGCCACGGACAACGCGUGCUCGAGGCGGUGGGAGUGGCCGUCCAGCACAUGGACAACCUGCGCGCGGUCCUGAGCCCGCUUGCCGACCUGCACGCACAUGUGCUGCGCGUGGACCCCACCAACUUCCCACUGCUGAUCCAGUGUUUCCAGGUGGUGCUGGCCUCCCACCUGCAGGGCGAGUUCACGGUGGAGAUGCAGGCGGUGUGGGAUAAGUUCCUGACGGGCCUGGCGGUAGUGCUGACAGAGAAGUACCGCUGAGUUCUGUGCCCCGGUCUAGGUCUGCGCAUGUCAAUAAACAUGCCUCAAAAGGCUGGA